AUGGAACUUGCGGGUUCAUCACCAGCUUCAUCUCCCCCUCAACCAAGCAGUCCUGCUUUCACCAGUACUAUGUCAAGUAGUGCGACUCAUGUUGAAUUGACACCCUUGGAGAUUUUUAAGAAGGUCGACUACUCUGAGUUGCCCCAUAAUAUGACCACUGCACUCUUAUCUGGCUCUGACUGUUCACUUUCUCCCAAGCUGUCUCCUUCCCUUUCAGGUUCUCCAGAUGUCCGCCUCUCCCCAGUGGAAGAGAUCCCACAUCUCCCUGAUGUAAAGGAGAGCUUAUUGUAUAAGCCUGGCCUCAUACAGUCACCAAAGUCACCUUCUCGGACAGCGCACAUGCGUGAGAGGUCGUCCAAGAGGCACAUUCCAUACCCUCAUAGGCCAUCUCCACUGGAGCUUCGCCUUGCAAAGCGCGUGACAGGGCGAGUGCGCGAACCAGAUUUUACACCUGAACAACUUCAAGAGCAUGAAGACGUGAUUUCCAGUGGUCUUUCCCGGAUGAGCUUUGACACUCUGUACAAAGCGUUCAGAGCAUUACUCGCUGGCCGUGAGACUGUUCGCCACGAAGUGGCAACAUCACUAUGGCAGGUCGAAUACUCAGAGUGUAUGACAGCGUUCAAUAAGGCGCUCCACCAGGAGAAUAAAGACCGGCUCAAUAUGAAGGACGAACAGCUGAAGAAGAUUAGAAACCUGUUUUCUGGGCAUGACCGCACAGAAAUUGAUGACGACACUGAUUACCUUCAGGCCGUCUAUAACGAUGAAUGCGAGAUGCUUCGUGCCAUCACCACCCAAGCGGAGAUAGUCUCAAGAUGCCUGGGCCCACGUGCCAAGCGUGAAUUAUUGGCGUCUACGGGUGAAGCUCCCUAUCUCCCUCGUUUCGUUGGUACAUUGCCCAACAAGGACAGCAUCACCCAUGUGCUUCAUGGUGAUUUCGCGGAUGCCGGAUGUCUUUUUUCACCUCUGAUGCGCAUGCAGCCAGUGGAGGCUGGCAGGGUAGUAGCGAUGAAGUGCCUCACCCCCAAAUGCCAAGCGCUGGGAGCACAUCUGUGCAUGAUCACUGGUCCUAUGGUAGCAUGCCCUCCCAAGGCACUUCAUCCCAAGGCAUCUCAUUCCGGGAUGCGCCUUUCCACUCCUUCGACAGCGACCUCUCUCAUCAAGGCUAUUCCUAUGGCACUUUGUCUUUUGAGAUGCCCUCCCAAGGCCCCUCCUUUGAGACGCCCUCCCAAGGCCCCUCCUUUCAGACCCCCUCCCAAGGCCCCUCCUUUCAGACGCCCUCCCAAGGCUCAGAGACAACACUCAUCCAACGAGAAAUGGACAUGA